AUGGAUAUGAAUACCUUCCCUGCCAACACGUACUGCGACUCUAUCGUGCGCUUCCUUGAUGCCAUUGAGUACCAUGAUGACAACCUGACACGCGAUGAGCGGAUUGAAGGCCUUCGUCAUGUUCAUUCCAAGACUGCACAAUACUUUACUGAGCCACUUCCGAGGAGUGUCCUCAAAGGUGUGGCUCCUCGCCGGAUUGCUGCAGUCACUCGAACCAUUUCCCAUUUCAUUGUCUAUUGUUGGAGCAAACUACCUCGAGAAGCCCAAGUAGACGUCUCCAUAUAUCUGUCAAUCAUCAACGUUCUGGACGACGAGAUCAGCAGCGAUCCCAGUAACCAGAUGUCCACCUUCUGGACCGACCUUAUCCAGGGCAAGCAACAGAAGCACCCCUUCUGGGUGCUGUUCAACUCACAUCUGCCCCGUCUCCUACGACACUACGACAGCUUCUGCUCCUUCAAUAUUAUGCGCUGCACCUUUGAUUACUUCGAAGGCUGUUGGAUUGAGCAACACAAUUUCCAGGGCUACCCUGGCGCUGACUGCUACCCACUUUUCCUCCGACGAUUGAACUGCCUCGGUGGUGCUGUCGCAGGGACCAUUUUCCCCGCUGCCAAGUUCGAUGAGAAGAAGCUCUUUGCAGAGAUUUCUUGCGUGAUGGCGCAGAUUGACGGGCCCGUUGCCCUUAUGAAUGAUCUUUUCUCUUUCUACAAAGAAUAUGAUCAGGACGAAGCCAAUCUGGUCACCAACUGGUGCAAUGUGGACGGCAUCACUAUGGACCAGGCCCUCACACGUCUCACCGACGAUACAAUCCAUGCUUGUGUACGGAUCUUGGACGUUUUAAAGGACAAAGACCCAGACAUGCUAGCCACAAUCCGCGGUUUUAUCCACGGGUAUGUGACGUGGCACAUUUGCGACUUCAGAUACAGACUGCGGGAGAUCUAUGACCGCAAAGAUCUAGGAGAGUCUGGCGCCAAGUUCUGCAGUUACUUUGACAAGGCAAUCGAGGUGGGAUGGGUGGAUGUUGAGGAGUGGACUUGCCAAGUCCAGGGCUUUGAAGUCGAUGCUGUCCCGAAGGGAUCUGAAGUGCAGGCAUAUCAGACCAAUGCAUUUGGGGUCCCUGUCGACACAAUCCGGCAACACAACAUGGAUUACGUGGGGAGUUCAAUAAUCAGUAUGUUUGAAUGGGUGACCGGUUAUCUGAAGGGAAAAUCUCGCUAG